CACUCCACUCUCUCCCACACUUUGUAAACAGUGUGGAGAAAUAAAGUUGCGAAUUUCUUAAAACCUAAAGUGUGCAAAAAGUGGAGGCUCAAAGAGAAUGCAGAGAAUAUUCUCCCCUCGUCACCAUCGUCAUCUCCUCCUCGGCCCAGUCAGUCUCAAUAGUUGCAUAGUCGUCGUCGUCGUCGUCGUCCUCCAACUAACUUUAAGCACCAGACCAGCCACACUGGUGACGAAUAUGUACACAGAACCAGGCGACCAACACCAAGGUUGCUCCUUGGUCCACACGCCCAGAAAACUCUAGCUGACAAAAUUAUCCAAACUUACAAAUUAUCCCCAACUCGCAUUUCGUCAGGAAUUAAUUAAUAAGAAUUAAUGAGCCAUUUAAAUUAGUGAUGGCAGUGUGAGAGGCGGUGCAACCCUUGGCUAGAUAGUUACUGACAAGAGUGAGUGCUUUGUGGGAGGGAUGGAGGCAGCCCUGGUUAGUUGCUCAUCUUGACCUCGCGUAGGUGGUACGAGGACCAUAGAAACCACCCCAAGAUGUGUUCAAAGCUGGUGUCGUGAUUAUUUUGGGGAUGCCCAAAACGAGGUCGAGGGAGAAAGUUGUGCUGGACAGCGGCGGACUAGAAUGUGCACGCGUAUCGAUCGUGGCCUCCUUUGGUCGACGCUCGCAUCCAGAAAAGAAGCAUAUUAAUCUCCCAUCAUUGGCCAAUCUGGGAUGAAUUGGCUGACCAAGUGAAAGCAGCAGCAGCAGCAGCAGAAAAGGAUAACAGUUCCAGUUUGGGAGUAAAAAGAUGGGAGUAGCACGAUGUGGGCGAAUAUUUGGAUUCGUCAACAUCCUCCUCGUCGCCCUCUUCCUCGUCGUCGCCCUGAACAAGGCCGAGGUGACGGCGUAUGAAUACCACCCCACUUCCGCCACCACCACCAGCCCGGCCUCGUCAGAGGAAACGGAUGGGUCGUCCGGGGUGACACCACCUCCAUCACCGGUCAACAAGCUCCUCGUCAUCAUGAUGGAUGGAUUCCGGUGGGACUACUACGACCAGUCGAAGGGUGAGCUGCGGGGCUUCCCCCUGUUCCUGAAGGAGGGUGUGCAGGCAGAGUGGGUGGAGCCCAUCUUUCCCUCCGAGUCCUACCCCGCCUGGACGACCAUCUCCACCGGCCUCCACCCCGAGAACCACGGAAUCCUGGCCAACUACAUGUUCGACCUGAAGCACGGGGCCGUCUUCGACCUGGACGACGACUCCUCGACGAGCAAAGUCUUGUGGUGGCAAGACGCCGAGCCCAUCUGGAUCACGGCCACGAGGCAGAACAAAAAGUCCUUUCUCCACCUCUGGUCCAGGUGCGAUGUCCCCUUCCAGGAAAUCCUCCCCCAUCGCUGCUCCGGCUAUCGACCAGCGCCCGGCAUAGAUCAAUUUCGAAAUACGCUGAACCUAGCGGUGGACAGUCUCCUGAAGGACUAUGAAUUGGCCAUGGUUUACAGUGAACACCUGGACAUUGUGGGGCACGAGUUCGGUCCAUACUCGGCCGAGUUGAAGCAAACCAUGCGAGACCUCGAUGACGCCAUGUACGACUUUUUGGACAGGAUGGCCGACACCGGGCUUGACGACAAGGUGAACGUGAUUGUGGUGAGUGACCAUGGGAUGACGUGGAUUGGGGGUGGAUCUGGGACCGUGUACGUCCCCGUGGGCGACUAUGUCAACAGCAGCUACGUCUACAAAGUUCUCGGAAAGGGGGCCAUGAUGCAGAUUGCGCCCUACAGCAGGAGGAUAGACACUGUUUACGAGAACUUGAAGGGCCGGCGCGGCUUUGACGUGUACCGUCGCGACGAGAUUCCGGACGAAUACCACUUCAAGAACCACCGCCUUGUGCAGGAAAUCCUCCUCGUGGCGCAGCCCAACUUUUACCUCCAAGGGCUCCAAAGUUCCCAACAGGUUCCGCGGAGUCCUACCUACGUCCCCUUCAGGCCCCAACGUGGCACGCACGGCUACACCAAUAUGACCGAUAUGCGCACCAUUUUCUUCGCCAGGGGGCCAGAUUUCAAGAAGGGGAUCGUCCACCCUCCGAUCCAUUUGGUGGAUGAGUACCAACUCUUCGCCAAGCUGCUCCACCUCCCCGCCCAGCCGAAUAACGGGACGUGGUCCAAAGUGGCGGGGAUGUUGGUCAGUGCUGCCAGAAGAGCGUCGUCGUCGUCACCCGGCGUCACCCUCGCCACACUUUUGCUCGUUCCAUUACUUUUAAUUUUACAUAAUGACUAAGCCACCAAUUUCUGGAUAAGCUCCGCCGCCCGCGCCCUCAUCCUUCUGCACACACUAUUUUUUGUCUCGAAUAAGGUUUUAUAUUCCUGAAAGCUUUCCAUUGUUUGUCGUAAACUUACGAAAAACAGAAUUUUCCACGUAUUCACGUAACUCGUACCAUGAAUUGAUCCAUAAAAAAGACUUUCCUACAAGCAAAGUGUGAUGAUAUGUUGAUUAAUUAGUUAAUUCGUUUCCGCCAAGCGGUAUCCAAGCCUUGGAUAAGGUUUUCAUUAAUUGGCGGGAUUUUAUCAUGAUGACAAGAAAUUCAUUUGUCUGGAAACCGGAAGCAAACUCGUGUGAGAAAACAGUUUUACUCUAGUUUGUCCGGCCAGUGAUACAAAUACGUAUUUAUGCAAAUAAAUAACGACCCAUUAUUAUUACACAUUUAGUUACGAUUGAUUAAGCAUAACAAGAAGUUAAUUGCAUGUGCGGCCCCGAAUUAUUCGUCAAUAUUAUUGUUAUUUUGACACCGUUGCGUUUAUGUAUGCAACAAGAACAAGACGAAUUAUUUCGCAGGGAAGAGUGAGUUCCUGGAAUUAUUUUUCAUUACGAAUCACAAAUCAUACUUACAAUUAGUUUUAGCUAAAAAAUCACAAACGAAUGUUCAUUAGUCGGUAAGGGAAGAUUCAAUUUUAUUUUAAGUACUGAUCUUGAAAUUAUUGUUAAUUGUGAUCAAGAGAGAAACUUACCUUCUUAUCGUCCAAUCCAGUCGAGAUAAUAAUGCAGAAGUAGCCAAGUAAGAAUGCACGCACGCAAGUGGUUGGUUCGUGGUGCUAAUUUGUACCUAUGUAUUACACAUUAUUACAAUACUACAGAGAUUCAAUACAGAGAAAUCCAAUCAUGGAAAAUGGAAACAAUAAAUAUUAUUUGCCAUAAAAAUAGAAAUUUCUGCUAGAGAAUCUUUUAGAGAAAAAUACAAGAAUUUUAAAAAAUUUCGGGUUCAAUAAGAUUCAAAGCCAGUCCAAUUUAUCAAUAAAACGGAACGAUAACAAUAAUCAAGGAUUUUAAAAACGUGAUUUUAUGAAAUCUUAUAGAGAAAUAACUGUAAUUGCAUGGGUUUAGCAGACUAUUUAUGAGAUUGAAAUUGGGAUUAAUUUUUACACAAUUUUGGGUGCUAUUGUUUCCUAGAUUAUAAAAAAAGAAAAGAUGCAGAUUUUGCAAAAUGAUCAACAUAAUGUGUAAAUAUAAAUAAAUGUCUCAAACUGUGUUUCAAAAAAAUUGUUUAAAAUUAUGAUUGUUAAAUUUUUAGGUGAGAAAAAAAUUCAAAAAGUCAACACGAAAUAGUGUAUUUAUUUAUUCAGGACGACUUUUAAUAAUUUGUACCGUAUACUUAUCAAUAUUCUAGAUAAUACAAAAUACUUAAUUUUUAUCUUAUCGUCGACACACACCUGUUAGCAUUCCCUGAAAAAAAACAAGUUAUCGAAUCCUCUUAAUAUAUAAUUCAAACGACGAAAA